AUGACGACCCCCAGCGUAUGGAGCGACUUUGAGCAUGUCGUUGGAGAGCUCCGUUCUUUGACCGUUGUCUACCUCAAACAUGUCAUUAGUGGCUUUCUAGACGAAGGAGUAGCAUCAUUACCUCGAACAGGGAAGAAGGGCGAGAUCAUGGACCGCAUUGUGCGCGCUUUACGAUUGCUGCAAACCACUGGCCAGACAGACAAGUGGAUAAAGGCCCGAGCAGUCAUAUUACAGGCCGCUAGUGGUGUUGAUAUCAUGGGCCGCAACGACCAGCCCAAUGGCGCUCGUCUGUCCUUCACGGAAUAUCUCGACUAUCGACGUUCAAAGGGCGUCUACGUGGUCCUUUACCCAACGGUUUCACCAUUAUAUGACCACCACGGCCUCUCGAGAUUUCUGAUUUCGCCUACAUCGAUGCCUAAUACGAAUGGGGAAGUAGGCACAAGUGUUUCGAGUAGGAAUAUUCAGCCACCUACCCCAACUCAGAGGUCGGCACCGCUGCUCUCGUCGUCGACGGGACCCCAGCAUUAUGCAACAGCAACGAGGCCCACUUAUCCGAUACCAGGACCAUCAAGACCGGAAGCACCUAGAUGGAGAUUUUCGCCCUUUUACCGAAUUGAUCAGGUAGUUAGCCCCGUGCAAGAGUGCCUUGAGUCUACGAGUUCGACGGAUAGGCGCUCCGCCCGUUUCAAUUUUUAUCUGACACAGGACCAACUCGCCAAACUGAACAGCACAAAGGCAAAGUAUCAGCUACGGCUUUACUGCACGACUUCACAAUAUUACAUCACUACCGGGACAGCAUUCAGAAAUACACUGUGUCCUGUAGAGUUUCCCCCGACAUGCGAAGUGCGAGUCAACAACCAAGUCGUCUCGGGCAACUUUCGAGGUAUCAAGAAGAAAGCGGGAACUGCGCCGCCGGCAGAUAUCACCAAGUUCAGUCGAACUGCGAGUGGGCAAGGGAAUCAAGUGGAAAUGAUCUAUGUAAACAGUAACCAACCUGCCGCUAACAAACAGAGACCGCCUCCGCAGAAGUAUUACCUUGUGGUCAAUCUCGUCGAAGUCACUUCGGUGGACGAGCUAGUGGAACGGCUCAAGAAGAGAGUUCAGCCACGAGAGGAAGUCAUUGCCCGAAUGAGAGCAAUUCAGCCAGAUGACGACGAUGUACAAGUUGGUCCGACAAAGGUCUCCCUUCGCGAUCCCUUGACCUACACUCGGCUGACGCUUCCUUGCCGUGCGUCAAGCUGCGUGCAUAUCGGAUGCUUUGAUGCCGCAUGCUGGUACUCCAUGAUGGAGCAAACAACGACGUGGCUAUGCCCCAUCUGCGAUCGCGUCUUAGAUGUAAACGAGCUCGUCAUUGACGGAUACAUUCAAGAAAUCCUAGCGAACGUUGACGAGGAAGCCGACGAUGUGAUGGUCGAGGCGGACGGCGAAUGGCACACCGAAGACAACAAGUACGGCUCUACGAAUUGGAUGAGCAAGUAUGGAACUCCCAAUGAUGCAGAUGUCGUGAAGGCAAAGCCCGAACCAACUGCCCCGACGCUGAAUGCCAUCCCGGCUGGCGCCAAUGCCAUUGAGAUAGGCGACUCGUCCGAUUCAGAGGAGGAACGGAUUGAGAGACAACUCUCCUAUCAAACCUUCCCCAAUCCCGCACCCUGCACCCGAACGACCGAUUCGGAGGAAGAAGAGCCACAACGCCCUUCUCGACCCGUCUCUUCGGUUUUGCCUCCCAUGCCCCCAUCGAGUCUUGGUAAACGCAAAUUCAGUGACGAUGGGGAUAUGAUCAAUGGAUCCUCUAGACGGACGUCGACCGCCCCCUCGCAUAGAAGUAAUGGAAUAGAGGGAGAUGACUACCACCAACCACCCCCGUACUACUAUCAGAACCCUCCACCGAUGGCGCUUCGUAGUCCAAGCUCACCUUCGAUGCCGCGACAUACCAGCAACGGUUCAAGUCCUGGAGUUUAUCCGUAUUAUCAGAGCAAUGCGACUCCAUCUCCGACAGCGCAGUCCCCGAAUCAGCAAUGGCCAGCUGCGCCACGCCCAAUCACUCUUCCCCCCGCAUCGUCUCUCUUGGCUUCGGCACCCCUUACGAGUCCGCACUCCCUGUCCACUAGACCUCUUGUCCCAUCUGCACCACUCACAAGUCCUUCACUACUUGCCAGACCACUCUUGAACGGACAACAGCACUAUACAACUGGCCCUCGACUUCAAAGACCAUAUGACAACGAACGUCCACCUCCUCCACGUGCGUCUAGUGCUUCGUCUCGGUAUGCGGAGUGGGGUCUCAAGCCAUGA